AAGUUUUUCAGUAUUCCUAUAUAAUAUAUAGUUAUAGCCUUUAUACAGAUGGGUGAACUGAGGCAUGGGGAAGUUAAAUGCCUUCCUCACUAUGGCAGCACUAGAGCAAUAUGCCCAACACUUGCCAUUAACUAGUAGGAAAAUACCUUGACUGGCUGUUUUGACUCUGAGUUCAUCUUUACUGUUUUUGUUAGCAGCAAAUGGAUGAAUGACACUGUUACAAAAUAUUUGUAACAGGUUUUCACUUGUCCUGAAGGCUAGAAGGUAAAAUCUGAGGCACAGGGAGAGGGGGUUGUAAAAAAGAAAGGAAGAAAAGGAGGAUGGCUUUAAAGGUAUUUAUGCUUUUCACUGCAGCUUGGAUGACUCAAGCCUGUUGAAUGGGAUAAAUUAUGAAACUUCACUCUAGGAUCUAAUCCAGCCCACAGUGAUAGUGGCUGAAAACUAUAGCUGUGUGAUGACUCGCAGCUUGCAUGAAAUAAAUCAGUGACUAAUUUAAACUCCUAGCAAAGUGCUGUUUUGUAUCAGAAAAUGCAUCUUUGGGUACUUUGGCAUCUUUGGCACCAACUGUCACUCUUGUUGGCAGGCAUGAUACAGUGACGUUGCGGUGAUGCAAGCUGAAGUGCCCAUGAAGGGUUCUUUGGUUGGGAAGUCCCUACCUUUCACUGUUCAUUGUCACAAGGGCUGAGUACAGACAGUCAAAAAGCCUGCGGUUGAAUCACUUCAAUUGUCACAGGGUCGUUAACUUCCUGCGUGGAGUGUGAAGCCCUUGAGAUGGGGUAAUCCUCUAGUUGCCAUUAAUAGAAUAUAGUAUUGUAACACUGCUAAAAGCUGCUGGUAGGGGUGAUUCUGAUCACACUACAUAAAGGAAGUGUUCCUGUGGAUAAAAAGCAGGCAGCAUUUCCUAGUUUAAUAUCAUCCUUCCAAUGUUAACUCCUUUUCACAUUUGUAAACGGACCCAUCUACCAUUCAGGGGCAUGCAGUAAACCUUGCCUUAUAUUUCACCACCACAAUUACAUUCCUUUUCGUGAACAUCCAUCAAUAUUUAAUAUAGAGGUGUCAGCUUGCCUGUAACGUGAGGACCUAAUAGGGACCCUGAAUUAUACAUCGCAUGGUUGGGGAAAACCAAAGUGACUUUUCUUAUAAACCCAAAGUUCUCCUGGCUGAGGUGAUUUCUGGAAGCUGCUACGUGAAAUCCAUAUCAAUGGAUGAUCCUCAGAAGAAACUUAGCCAGAAGCAUGAGGGAAGACCCCGCAAAGUGAGAUUCAGAAUAUCUUCUGCAUACAGUGGUCGGGUGUUAAAGCAAGUCUACGAAGAUGGCCAAGAACUGGAGCCUCCAGAGAAAGAAUAUUCCCACUGCUUUCUCCACCGCAGCUUUGAGUCAGGGGACCAUUUUUAUGGGGCUGGAGAAGCAUCCAAACCCAGGUUUUAUUCUUCAGCCAAACUGACUGCCCAAAGGAUCAGUAUAUUCAAAGAGGACAACAAGUACAGUAUAACAAGUAACUCUCCUCUCUUCAGUGACUACCAGACAAGUGAUAGUCAUCAUAAGCCUUCACCCAUUUUAGAUUUUGGUAAGAUCAUCAUCUACACUAACAACUUGAAAAUCAUCCGUGCACCAACAGACAAGAAAGAGCUGGUGAGGAAGAUCAUCCAGAAUGAGGGCCUGAAUGACUUCAUGUUCCGAGAAGGGAAAACAGGAGAUGCUGAGCCAAUCAAUAGGCAUUUGAGAGAUGCAGAAAGGCACUUUGCUCACAGUCAAUGUGGACAGGGAGGAGACAUAGAGCGCCGCUGCUCCCUAUGCAAAGGAUCAGGCUCUGCCCCCUGCUCUCUGUGCCAUGGAAGCAAGUUUUCGAUGUUGGCUAAUAGAUUUAAAGAGUCGUUCAGGGCUCUCCGCUGUCCUGCUUGCAAUGAAAAUGGCCUGCAACCUUGCCAGAUCUGUGCCGCAUAAUUGUAUCUCAGCAGCAUCCUACUGAAACCUCCGUCUAUGUUACCUGUCUCCAUCUAAAUAGCUGUUGUAUAACAACAGAAGGUUAUUAAAAGUUGGUAAAGGUGUACAUGCAAAUCUAUCCCUAUUACUUCAUUUCCUUGUCCCUAAUUCGGUACAUUCACCUGUUACAUCUGUUAAUGAAGGUAGGCCCCAAUCUUGCAAAUGCUAACAUGCAGUAUUUCACUUCACAUGUUGGAGUAGCCCCAUAAGUCAGAGGAUCUACUUACAUGCUUCAAGUCAAGCACAUGUGUAAAUGUUGACAGAAUCUGGGUCUGUAAUUUGCUGGGGUCAAUACUGUCUAUUUCUGUAUGCACAUAUAUUGUGCAGCACAAUGAGGUCCCAAUCUCUGGGGGUAUUAAGCACUCUUGUAACAAAAUAAUAAUAACUAGUAACAGACAUAGCAGUACCUUAAGCAUGUAAAUAAUUUGUUGAACUGAAAAACAACAGUGUAGCAAUCUUAUAAAGCCUGCUGUCAAGUUUAAAAUGCUGAACAUACAAACAUUGCACUGUAUUUUGCAAUUAAAUCUAUAUUUAUUCCUGCAGUGGUGCAUGUAUUUCCAAUAGAUGUAGCUUAUUUCAGUUCUAGUUCUAUGUUAUACAGGGAUUCUUUUAGCAUAUAAUUCAGGUAGCAGAAGCUGUUUCCAAGUCUAGAGUCAUAAUGAUAAAUGAUCACUGUAAAACUUGAAACAUAAAUAAAUAGAAAAACCAGAGAGUUUUAUAUGUUGGUUCUGAUUUGUGCUGACCCACAUUUCCCUUUGAUGUCAGUGGGAGUUCCAGGUGCUCAGUACUUUUCAGAAUCAGACUGUUGAUGAAUAGGGCUCCUGAUACCUAUUAUUAAUCUGGUGUUGUAAUUUGCAAAAUGCAAACUCUAAUUAAUUUCAAUGAAGUGGCAAUGCUGAAUACUUAGCAGGAUACAAGUGGCAGCAUGGAACACAAGGGCUUCAUAGAGUGGCAGCCAACAGGGGAAAUUGUUUUCUUUUCUUUUUUUCUUCAAAGCCUUCAGUUUAUUACAUUUGAUAUUCAUGGGCAAUGUUAAUGCAGGUUUAACUUCCAUAUUACCUCUGAGACCCUGAUGAGUUAAGAGGCUUCUUACAUGCUGUACAUGCUGAGGUUGCAAGCUGAGACAAGGUAAUUUAUGGCCAAGUUUUCACUUUGGUAGGUGUACAUCACAAUUUUUUUCUGAGACAUCUAGAUUAUUUGCAAAAAAUCCAUUUUAGUUUUCAGGCUCCUUUAAAAGCUGUAGUUUAUAUAGGAGCUUUGUUUUUCCCAAGUGCUUUAUACUAUCUGAUUUCUUAAUUUAGUGCAGGAGUCCUGCUCUGUGCAUGAACAUGAGGGUAGAUGAAACUCCUAAAGUUUCUAAAAUUUUUGUUAGUUAAGUUCCUUUUAUUCAAAAUUUGAUUGGUUUUUCAUUUAAAAAUUUGCUAGCUUUAUUUGAUAUUUCACUAGCUUAAAAUGAGUAAAUGUAACAAUGUAAUUUUCCCGCUUAGGGAUUUAAAUGCUUACAAUAAAAUUAGCUGAAAAUAUAAAUUUAGA